GUGGUCAUUGUACCAUGGCCAAAGUUCAAGAACACCUGGACUGAGAGGGCUGAAAUCAUAGAAGCAGGUCUGGUCUAUGUGAGACAACACCUUGACCAGAUGGCAGAGGCAGCGGUGGAGCAAGUAGGGCAACAUUCAUCAGAUGAAGAUGAUUUCUUCUCCUCCAUGAAGUCCAGAAGGUCACAAGGUUUACAGUAGUCAGCCGGAUCCGGGCCGUAUCCAGGUGAGAUCGAGGACGUGCGCCUAGACACGACGACAACGCAGCCCUGAAGUGUCAGCAGAGAUUGUCAACUAGAUCAUCCCCUGUUAAGGCCUCAUCGACACGACAGUCAGUGGCACAGAUUCCCAACAAACUGUCCCAUACUGGCGUGAUGAAUAAGAUCCUCAACUAGAUGGAACUGAAAUAAAUACUUUGACUGUUGCGAUCCCAAUCGGACUUAUGAAAGCUGCCUGAAUCAUAAUCAUGCACUGUUCGCUGUUGGCCAGAGGAGAACUGGCCCCCUGACUAAACCUGGUUUCUCCCAAGGUUUUUUCUCCAUUUUAACACCUGAUUGCCACCUGAUGUCACCUGUUGGAGUUUGGGUUCCUUGCGCUGUCGCCUUUGGCUUGCUUAGUUGGGGACACUUGACAUUUGAUAUUCAACAGUGUUUUGAUCUGCCUGCAUCGACACCAUUGUAUGCGAACUGAACUGAGCUGGAUGAUGACAUCACUGUUUACUCCAGUGCUGAUAUAGAUAAAUUAAAUCAAGCAUUCUGCAUUAGUUCAGGCAGGCCUCGUAGUCAAGCUCCGCUAUCAGCUGAUUCGCAAAUUCCAACCCCACCCAUAUCAGCUGAUCUGAUUUCUAUGGACUCAAUUGGCAACUCUCAAAUAAGGCGCAUUAUUUAAACGCAGCUUCCGUCUCUGUGCUUGCUUGGCUGCUUCCACUGCACGCUGCUUACAAUCAAUCAAGAUAAGUGAAAUGGUCUUUUUAUGCUAUGUCUAUCGUUUUCAUGUGGUCUGCUUUAUCAGUUCAUUACAAAGUAACAAUACAUGAGGUUUAAUUCACAUGUCAGUGAACAGUCUGUUUUAAUACUCAGAGUGAUUUACUAAGCAUAUAAGAAGCUAGUCAAUAUGAGAUUUGCUUUUAUUCAGAGACGAGUUUUGCUGAACUCUAUAAAAGGAAAGAGGAUUUUCGCUUUGUAUUCGCAUAUCAAACGAAGCUUCAGCAAUCAAAGAUUUUGUACAGCAGAAUGCAUAACAAAUUCAGACUGCAUGUUAGCGAAUAUCAACAGAAAUAGAUCGCUAGCAGAUUUGCAGUUAAGUAGACGCUGUGUUUGUGUUACAUGUGCACUCUGUUUUGGACUCAUUUUGGACUUGUUGUUGUUCUAUUUCCCGCCACUAGUCAUUCACCAUGGUAACUGAUCACCUCAUCAUCACAUCCAGCUGUGUCUAAUUACCCACCUUGUUAUCCCAUGUAUAUAUACCCUAUGUUUUCAGUCCAGUGUUGUCCGGUAUUGUUCAUGUAUGUGUUGGUAUAUGUUCCUGCCUGUUCCUAUAUUCUUCUGUGGAUUAUCUAGCAAAAGACUUAUUUGGACUGUAUCUCCUCGUCGUGUGCUUAAUACACCAGCCAUUGUAACAGAAUACCGGACCCAACAGUUAAGACAGAUUGCGGCGUGUUUUUUGUUUUCCGUAUCAGUGUUUUUCGUGUUGCACUUUUCGUUACCGUCACGAUGUACACACCCGCAUUUCUGUUGCUCUGCCUUGAGCAGAAGGACCGCUCCCUCGAGGAACAUUUGGACAAUUUUUUGCUCCUUGCACCAUUGACACAUUACCCGGACAGCAGCCUGCAGGAGCCAGCGACCAGCGGAAUGACCGAGCGUAACAUCGGCACGGAGACGGAGCCCAGCGUGUCUGACCAGGUGUGUGAGUUUGCUGUUACCAUCGCUGAGGGAGACAGUGUGGAAGACGAGGGGUUGGAAGGGAGCCCCGCCCACACUCCCGCCACUGAGAGUGAGUUCCAAGCAAGCACUAUGGACUGUUAUGACUUUGUAGAGGAUUCCCUACCUCAGUUAAUUCCUCCUGAAACUAUCAUUUCCAUUUUGGAUGAAAUGGUCCCGCCCAGCCUCCCUCUCCCACCUCCUCUCCAAAACCCUGAUAAUGACUUUGUUUGUUCUAGUCCCUCUACUAUUCAACCUGUUCUCCAGCCCACAACCUUGCCUGCUACCCAGCCCUCGCUGUCUCACAUCAUGCCCUCAGCUCUACACCAGCCUCCUCUCAGUGGUGUGGCUACACCUGGGGCCUGCUGUGAGCCAGCCUCAGGCGAUGAGGAUUCUGCGGCUCCGCCUCUGGCCUCAGGUCACGUUGUUACACCUCGGCUCAUCGUCCUGACUCCUCCGCCGCUGCUCCUUCCACCCUCGUCUACAGCAGUGACCAUCGAGCGUUCGGCUCCACUGGACUCCCUUGGUCCUGCGACUCCGCCUGGGUCAGACAUCGCCAUCACAUCGCCACGGACCUACGGGUCGUUCGAGUUUCUCCGACCCUCCACCCCUACGGCUCCGAUGGGCACCGCCUUCCCUCAGACUCCGCCUCGGCCCUCAGUCGUUCCAGCUCCACCUCAGCCCUCUGGUACCCUGCUGCUGCCUCGGGGGGUCGUCGCUGCGACUCCGUCGCGGACCUCGAGACCAUCGGCAUCACUCCGCUCCUUCGGCUCUCUGUCUUCACCCCAGGAUCCAUCUACAUCGGCUGCGCUGCUUCCACGCCUCCCCAAGGUUGUUUGGAGCGAUUCACCACCUCGGCUCCUCCCUCCAGCAACGCCGCCGUGGGUCGCUGUCCUGGCUGUGGCCUGGAGCAACAUCUGGACUCCUCUGCUCAAGGCUACUCACUGGAUUUCUCCACCUUCUGCACCUCCCUGGACUCCUGCACUUCGCCUCCUCCCGGUUAGCCAUCCGCCUCCUGAGCCACCUCCUACACCAUCUUCUGCAUCUCAUCUUCAUCUUCCCCUCUCCACGGCGCGAGGACGCGCCUUUCCGGGAGGGGGCGAUAUGUUACAUGUGCACUCUGUUUUGGACUCAUUUUGGACUUGUUGUUGUUCUAUUUCCCGCCACUAGUCAUUCACCAUGGUAACUGAUCACCUCAUCAUCACAUCCAGCUGUGUCUAAUUACCCACCUUGUUAUCCCAUGUGUAUAUAUAUACCCUAUGUUUUCAGUCCAGUGUUGUCCGGUAUCGUUCAUGUAUGUGUUGGUGUAUGUUCCUGCCUGUUCCUGUAUUCUUCUGUGGAUUAUCUAGUAAAAAAUUUCUUGGGACUGUAUCUCCAGAGUCCAGCUUUCAGAGUUCAGGUCCAGCUUAAGUAAGUUCAUUGUGAUAAAAGCUUCGAGUUAAGAAGCGUUUUUCGGCAAAAUUUGAUGAAAGCCUCAAACGCUUCAGAAAGCCUUGGUUUCCCAUCACCAAUUUUAACAGCUUUUUGAUGCAGCUGCACUUCCUUAGACCGCUCGGGCUAAGAUUGAGUGGAGGGGUCUUUGCAUGCUCUCGCGGCCAUAUGUAAUUUAUGAAAUAAAGUGUUCAUACUGCUGUGAGGACCGACAGUCGGUUACACGGUGUGGGGUUUUGGAAGUGACAUCUACAUAUAUGUGAGAUUCACUAUCAAAAUGCAUGGACUGACAUAACAUUGCAAGGGACAGAGAUAUGCCAAGUAGUAAUGCAUUAAUGUUAACACGGACUAAUAGGAUAAUAGAAUAUUAGUUUCAGAAGCUGUUGCUUGCUCAAUAGUAUCUGCAUUAGAGCACCCUCACUAAAUUCGGGAAAAAUUCUGGAUUCCAGAACCGGGCUUGGCAUUCACGUCUAAACCUUUUCUUUUAAUCUACGAAUCAUCAAACAAAGCCUUGUUUGUUUUAAGAAGGGUGUUUACAGUUUUGCAUAGUUUUUACAUAUUAAGUUUAUGCAGCAGCAGCAAGCCAUUUACAUAAAAAAUUACUGCGACUAAGCAUAGUGGACAUGAGAGAUGUUCACUGAUGGGCUUUCUCAUAUAUAGACAUUUUCCGGGGCUUAACUAUUUUCAACGCCUUUUCCCAAUGGGCUGAUAUUUUCAUUUAACCAUUUGUUUCGGGCUGGUUUCAGCUGAAUGAGUGUUAGACGCAUGCUAUCAUCUGCUCUCCAAAUGACCUCCACAUUUAGUAUAGAGGGUUUGUUGUGAUCUUGUGUUUUAAUGGUCAUUGGUUUGCUAGUGUAUGGCAAUGAGCUGCUAUCCGUGCCUGCUAACACCUUGUCAAACGCUCUGUUGUAAUUGAAUCCCAUUGUGAUAGCUUUAUUCUGUGGGGUAAACACUGGUCUAGAACAUUGUUCUUUGCAACAAUGAGGAACCGUUCAUAUUAAUAAGGGACUCUCUUCAGUCCAGAUUACAAACAGAUUUGAAGUUGCCUUAUUGGUUCAGUCAUGGUUAAAUUCAUAUUUCGGGCUGCUCACAUUCCAUGCUUAAACAACCAAUUUCUGAUUCUCUGUCUCGGUUUGAAUUUCAGAAAUUCCACCUCCUGUGUCCAGAGGCAGUGCCAUCAGCCUGGUCUGCCCCCCUUUCAGCCAAACUGUACUAGACUAGAUAUGACCCUUGACCCUUGUAUGACUGCUUGUUUGGUCUCACUUCAGUUCUUCUGUGCCACUUUCUCCAUAGCUGUACUGCCUUCAACCAAAAGUAUGGUCACCUGCGCUGCCUGGAUCCAUGCACCAUUAGUGUACUAGAAAAUCCAUCUAUUUGUUUCCUGCUAACGGGCUUUAAGAGAGAACUCAAGUCAAUGAUCAGCUUUUACCUUUUGCUCACGGUUUUCUCAGAGGUGGCGAGUUUUCCACAUGCACAGAUUCUUUUAAUCUGUCACAUGUCCUCACAAUUUCUGAUGUAUCAAUUUAUUCGCACCACUUCAUAUUUCUAAAGCACUCUAAAACUGAUAGGAACAAGAAAGGAAUAGUCGUUUUUACUUCUGAAUCUAACUCUGCUUUUAUCCUCUGUCAUCUAUGUUGGGCUACUUUUUUUGUUUUGUUUGAGUGAUCUGAAUACAUGCGUUCUCGGCCAAAUCGGCUUAUACAUUAAAGAUUGCAUAUGACCGAACAUUUCACCGUACCAAUCUUUUUUAUGGAUCCUAAAAUUUUGCAUACAGGACAAAUGAGCUGCCCUGAGUCCAAACCCAUGGGGUUCAUCAUCACAUACAUGCGGUUACAUGCAUGAAUCCUGUCAGACAAGCUGUCCGACUUCGCCCUGAUCUGAUUUCCUUAUAUUUCACAACUCGAGGGAUUUUUUUUUGUGGAUGACGUCAUUACGCACACCAUUUUAUUGGUAAAAGGCCAAUUAGAUGGAAACAGGCUGGUGAGAGCAAAUUUCGCAAUUUCUUUUUUAGGCGUAUUCACUUUGUCAAUAAAUAAAAUGCAAAAAUUGGAUGGAAACGUGAAACUUCAUUGUUUUGGAAAUAAUCCAUUAAACAAGUUGCGAUUUGAGGAGUGUGCACUAAUAUUUUCAGCUCCAUUCGUUUGCGCAUUGUCUUAAGGACACGCCCACAAUAGGGGAAAUAUCAUGAAUGUUCAUGUAGCUACACCCACUGGAACAGUUUUUUACUGGAAAUUCAGUUAGUUCAUGCGUUCA